UAUGUUUUUCCUUUUGAAGCACCUGAAGUGAAAGAAUCAUGGGGCAAAGAAAUCACUGCUCAUAAAUUUGGGGUAAAGCUAUGUCAGGUAUGUGGAUUAAAAAGUUUAAAAAAUUGUUCAGUUUGCAAAGAAACAUCUUAUUGUACAAAAGAACAUCAAAUUUAUGAUUGGAAGGCUGGCCAUAAAAAAACUUGUAACAACAGAGCAGUAAUUCUAAACAGCCAAGUGUCAUUUCUAUUUCCUGAAUAUGAAGUUCAAAUUGAAUCAGAAAAUUGUGAUGACAGCGAUGAACUAAAUGAUUCUGAUGAGAAGAUUCUUGAGACAGUAGGAGAGGGUAGUUUAUCUGGUGUGGCUUGUGAUGAAGAAUUGUCGAAAAUGGCGUUGGCGGAUGAAGACAAACUGUUCACCAAAUUCCAGAAACGGAUCAAGUCACAGUCGGAUCAGGUGAUUCGCUAUGAACGAUGCGGAGAUCCUUUGUGGGUGACAAGUCAGAAUAUUCCUGCAAUGGAAGAAGUUCCAAAUUGUCAAUAUUGUGGCGGAAAGCGAGUUUUCGAGUUUCAGAUCAUGCCUCAACUUCUGUGCUUCUUGAAAGCUGAUACGAUCCCUGGCUGUGAAUCAUUGGAUUGGGGUACAGUGGCUAUUUUUACUUGUGAAUCCAGUUGUGGCAGCGACCAGUCGCAAAAUGCAUAUAAGCAGGAAUUUGCUCUAAAACAGGAUUACACUGUUUAAUGAAAAUAUAAAUGGAUAUGAUACGGUA